AGCAAAAUGGAUUAAUUUCCAAGGGGGGUGCUUAAAAGUUAAAACUAAUUAUAACUGCCACUGCAAUAUAAUAUCCUCACAAGAACUUGUGCGGUGCUCUAAUGGAGUCCUCAAGAAAACUCGGCAGUUCUCAUCACUCAAAAUCAUAUGCAACACAAGGAUGCUUCACAUUGAUGAUUCUCAUCACAUCAGCACUCUUCCUCUUCAAUUUCCCCGCGUCGGAUCAAGCUGCUUCUCCAUCUCUCACCUCAACCAAAAUUCUCGCGUCAAACUACAUCUCAUCGCUGUCUUCCAUUGUGGCCUCCAAGUUUCUUUCGGGUUCUUGUAACUGUUCUACUUCUCAGGACGAAGAGGAGGAGGAAGAUGUGAGUUCUUGUGAUCUGUUUGAUGGGCGUUGGGUUGAAGAUGAUGAUGAUGAUUUCGAGCCGCUUUACAAGCCGGGAUCUUGCCCCUUUAUUGAUGAUUCUUUCAACUGCUUCAAGAAUGGUCGCCCUGACUCGGAUUACCUCAGGCUCAGGUGGAAACCCAGUGGCUGCCAACUUCCAAGGUUUGAUGGGCUAAAAAUGCUGAAGAUGUUGAGGGGGAAAAGAUUAGUCUUUGUGGGGGAUUCUCUGAACAGGAACAUGUGGGAAUCGUUGGUCUGUUCCCUGAGAGAAUCACUUGUGAACAAGAGCAGAUUGUUUGAAGUUUCAGGCCACUAUGAGUUCAAGACUCAAGGGUAUCACUCUUUCAUGUUCAAGGAUUUUCAGUGCUCUAUUGAAUUUCUCAAAUCCCCAUUCCUUGUUCAACAACGGCAGUUCUCAGACAUGGCCGGAGUGCAAAGAGAAACACUAAGAUUAGACAAAAUCCAAACAUCUCUCACUGAAUACCGUGAUGCUGAUAUUAUCAUCUUCAACACAGGUCACUGGUGGACUCACCAAAACACCAACAAAUGGAACAACUACUUCCAAGAAGGCAACCAUGUUUUCAGGAGUAUGGCAGUUGCAGAUGCUUAUACAAAGGCAUUAAAGACCUGGGCAAAAUGGGUUGAUGCAAACAUCAAGAAUCAUACAAGAGUGUUCUUUCGCGGAUAUUCUGCUUCUCAUUUCAAAGGGGGACAGUGGAACUCAGGAGGGAGCUGCGACGGGGAGACGAGGCCGAUAAGGAAUGAGAGCCAUCUGGGUCCAUAUCCAUGGAUGAUGAGGGUCCUGGAAUCUGUGAUUGCAGAAAUGAAGACCCCAGUGCUGUAUCUCAACAUUUCCAGAAUGACAGACUACAGAAAAGAUGGGCAUCCUUCCAUUUUCAAGCAAGCUAAGAGACAAAGGCUGCCCGGGAUGACUCAGGACUGCAGCCAUUGGUGCCUUCCCGGCGUGCCGGACGCCUGGAAUGAAUUGCUCUAUGCAACCUUGCUCAUUUCCCACCCUAACUAACUCUCCAUAGCUCAAUUCUUCCACUUCUCUGUCAUUUUAUA